AUGCCAGGGGCAUCCCCAGGACUCAUGAUCCCAGUGGACAUCCCCCCCUUCCACUUCCAACCCCGCUGGGUUGGCAUGGACUGGCGUCGCUUCAGCGCCAUCAGCGUGGAGGGAGUGGCCCGGGAAGUGGACGUGGCCACGCUCCAGGAGCACAUCACCAGCGUGACCUUCUGCAACCUGGAUGAGGAGCGGUGCCCCCACUGUGGGCAGCCAGCAGACCAACUGCCCAUGCCGAGCUGGCUUGCACCCAAGCAGCAGGCAGCAGAGCAGGCAGCGCAGCUCCAGGGGGCAAAGGAGGAGAGCAGGAGGUGGAAGAAGCUGAUUGCCAUGCAGCAGCUCCUCCUGCAAGCUGGCCCCAACACCUACUGCAAGUGCCACCUCUGUGAUAAAGCCUUCAUGAACAACUGCUUCCUGCAAGCCCAUGUGCAGCGCCAGCAUGCAGAGGCCACCGAGGCAGGGAGGCAGAAGAUGAAGCAGGUGGAGCAAAUGGAGGAUGAGGUGGAGGAGCUGAAGGCAAAACUGCGGGAGAUGCAGCAGCAGCUGGAAGCGGAGAAGCUGUGCAGGGAGCAGGAAACAGAGAGAGCUCACCAGCGAGAAGAAGAGGACAGGAGAGAUUUGGAAAAGUGGAAAGAGGAGGAGAGGACGAAGCUGCCGGAAGAGAUAGAUGGCCUGAGGCAGCUCUUCCUCGCAGCAUUCAAGGACAUGGCCAGCAGGAACAGUGCCAUGGAGGGGAAACUGCAGGAGCUUCAGGCCAGAGAGGCGGCAGUGUCCAACCUGGGGACCCUGCAGAAAGACGAUACCAAGGAGGCAUGGGGCCAGACACCAAGCCGGGCAGAGCUGUGGGGCAAGAGGAAGAGGAUGGCAGUGCAGAGGGCAGAGCAGAGGCGGACACUGAGGGAGAACCGGGCACAGGAGGUCCAGUUGAAGAAAGAGAACAAGACACUCUGUGCCACCCCAUCCCAGGACCAGCGGGCAGUUAUGGACCAUUUCCAUCAGCAGAUGGAUGCCCUCAGCACCUGUCUCAGGGAGCAGCCCAAGGUCACGAAGUCCCAGGAGAAGGUGGCAAUGACCCGGGAGGUGACCAAAGUGGUGGUUGAUGAAGAGUCAUCAGACAGGGAGGAGGCUGCCCUGGGUGGGAAGCAGAGGCUGCUGGAAGCCCUACAGAGAAACCCAAACCUCCUGAAGCAGUUUCGCCCCAUCCUGGAGGAUGUGCUGGAGGAAAAGCUGGAGAGCAUGGGGGUCAGGAAGGUUACGAAGGGGAUCUCCACUCAGACCUACAAAAGCCUCCAGGCUCUGGUUAGUCUUCAGCAGCAACAGAAGGCUGAGAAAUUUCCUGUUCUCCUCUGCCUGAGGGAUGAGUUGUUUGCAGGCAACAGCAGUGACCUGGAGACCUUGUCCCUGGAGGACCUGGCCGAGCCACCGGCACUGGUGGCUGCUGAUGCUCAGGGGGCCACCUUGGCCCCCGGGAGCUGGGCUGCAAGGGGAUACAUGAUGGUGACAGGGAAGUGA